GUGGGGAGCGCGCGGCGGGGCGUGGCCGGACCUUCAUUCGCCAUUCCUGAGGGUGGGAGCAGAGACAGCGGGGACCGAACCGGGACCGCUUGCCCACAGAGAAACAUGGCUGAACACGAACCCACUGCAGAACAGCUGGCACAGAUUGCUGCAGAGAAUGAAGAGGAAGAACAUUCUGUGAACUACAGACCUCCAGCACAGAAAUCCAUCCAGGAGAUCCAGCAGCUUGAUGAGCAUGAUGAGAGUCUGCGAAAAUACAAGGAAGCACUCCUGGGGUCUUUGCCCAGCGCUGUGGAUGCAAAUGCUCCCAAUGUGGUUGUAACCAAACUGACCUUGGUUUGUGCAAGUGCCCCCCAUCCUUUGGAGUUGGAUCUGACAGGUGAUCUGGAGAAGUUUAAGAAGGAGUCCUUUUGUCUCAAAGAAGGUGUGGAGUACAGGAUUAAAAUCAGCUUUAAGGUAAACAAGGAAAUUGUAUCUGGCUUGAGAUACCAACAGACCACAUGUAGAAAAGGUGUGAAAUUGGACAAGACAACUUACAUGGUUGGCAGCUAUGGUCCUCGUUUGGAGGAGUACGAAUUCCUCACUCCCAUAGAGGAGGCUCCAAAAGGCCUGUUGGCCAGAGCUUGUUAUAACAUGAAGUCUCUUUUCACCGAUGAUGACAAAACCAACCACCUUUCCUGGGAAUGGAAUCUGAACAUCAGCAAAGAUUGGAAGAACUAAUCUGCACCCAUAGGUGGAUCCAAUGGGGCCAUGAUUUGCCCUACUCCUUCCACUCUCUAAGAAGUGCUGCCGGAUCAUGUUUCACCUCAGUAUCAUGUGAUGUCUGCCCACCCUUCCCCUGUACUUCCCCUUUCCCCAAAAAUUGCCAAGUGGGAUCGAUUUUUUUGCCUUCUGUGGGUGCUGUCUGACUCCUCUGCUCUGCCUUUCCGUGUUGGGUUACUAUUGCAGCAUGUCUGGGAAGAGGGAGUUGUGUGAUUGACCCCUCAGCCCAGUCCUGGGCCCAAGUUCACCAGUUAAUUUUCUUUGCACCAGGGAUUGGAAAGUAUCCGUCACAGGGACAACACAAAUUUUUACUCUCCCUCCUCCCAUCUGUCCAAUCUUGUGAACAUUGCCCAGUCUGCCACUCAUCUUGCAACGUGUGUGUUGUGCUUCUAUUUUUUUAUUUAAUUUGUAGCCAUGUUGCCUUAAUGAUUGUGCAUCCGUUGUAGGAGGGGUGGCGUCUUAAUAAUUCUCCUCAGUGUGCCUCGCUUUAAAUAUCUGCCCCUUUGUACAGGAGGCUCCUCCCGCAUUGGUUUGGAGCCACCUGCAUAUUCUAAGCUGCUCUUAAUCCAUAUAUUGUGGAGACAACGAGGUGGCACAGCACUGAACAGUGUAAAUUCUGAAGGUCUAAAAUUUCACUCCCAAUGUGGAUUAUGUAGGACCAAAACUAAAGGUAAAACGUUUUUAGUGUCUGCCCCAAUCCAAUGCCCUUUCCGGGCACCAAGGCGCUGGGACUGCCACUUUUUAUGGUAUGUGCUUUAUAAUUUUCUGUGCCAGUAAAUAAAGCCUCAUCGAUAUUGACUUGUCUGUCUGUGGUUUCGCCCUGCACAGUGUCCUGUCUGUAAGGGACUUUCAUAGACACUAAUUGUUACAGGUAAGCGCCACACUAAUGCUAGUACUGACAUAUGAAUGUGGGUCUGUAGCUCAGACAGGCUGCCUUACAUCCAGGGAUAAUGUCGUGACAGUGCCCUGAUCCUGGAUAGUUCUAUUUAUUGCCUUUCCUCUGCUGUUUUUAUUAAUCAUUCCACUUUGGGGACUCCAGAGGGACUCUGUCAUCACAGACUGGAGAGUAUUGGGGGGAGGGGUGGUUGUUUCCCUGCUCCUUUCCCAUGGACAAAGAGCGUUUUGUGUUUUACUUUUUGUUUUGUCUGUAUUUUCCUCCCAAGCCAGAUUCGCAUGGUUGCAAAUGUCAUCUGCUUUGAUUUUUAUGAAAAAUUAAAAGUAUUCCAACUGGC